AUGGCGACCCCCAGCAACCUGGGGUCCUCCGUCCUGGCGAGCAAGACCAAGACCAAGAAGAAGCACUUCGUCGCGCAGAAAGUGAAGCUCUUUCGGGCCAGCGAUCCGCUGCUCAGCGUCCUGAUGUGGGGGGUAAACCACUCGAUCAAUGAACUGAGCCAUGUUCAAAUCCCUGUUAUGUUGAUGCCAGAUGACUUCAAGGCCUAUUCGAAGAUAAAGGUGGACAAUCACCUUUUUAACAAAGAAAACAUGCCGAGCCACUUCAAGUUUAAGGAAUACUGCCCCAUGGUUUUCCGUAACCUGCGGGAGAGGUUUGGAAUCGAUGAUCAGGAUUUCCAGAAUUCCCUGACCCGGAGUGCACCUCUUCCCAAUGACUCCCAGGCCCGCAGUGGAGCGCGAUUCCACACGUCCUAUGACAAGAGGUAUAUCAUCAAGACCAUCACGAGUGAAGAUGUGGCCGAAAUGCACAACAUCCUGAAGAAAUACCACCAGUAUAUAGUGGAAUGUCAUGGGAUCACCCUUCUUCCCCAAUUCCUGGGCAUGUACCGGCUUAAUGUGGAUGGAGUUGAAAUAUAUGUGAUUGUUACAAGAAAUGUGUUCAGCCACCGUUUAUCUGUAUAUAGGAAAUAUGACUUAAAGGGCUCUACAGUGGCCAGGGAAGCAAGUGACAAAGAAAAGGCCAAAGAACUGCCAACUCUAAAGGAUAAUGAUUUCAUUAAUGAGGGUCAAAAGAUUUAUAUUGAUGACAACAACAAAAAGGUAUUCCUGGAAAAGCUGAAGAAGGAUGUAGAGUUUCUUGCCCAGUUGAAGCUCAUGGACUACAGCCUGCUGGUGGGAAUCCACGACGUGGAGAGAGCUGAGCAGGAGGAGGUGGAGUGUGAGGAGGAUGGGGAGGAGGAGGGGGAAAGCGACGGCGCCCACCCUGUGGGGACCCCUCCCGACAGCCCCGGGAACACGCUCAACAGCUCGCCGCCCCUGGCUCCAGGCGAGUUUGAUCCAAACAUUGAUGUCUAUGGAAUUAAAUGCCAUGAAAAUUCGCCUCGGAAGGAGGUGUACUUUAUGGCAAUUAUUGACAUUCUGACUCAUUAUGAUGCGAAAAAGAAAGCUGCCCACGCUGCAAAAACUGUUAAACACGGCGCUGGUGCAGAGAUCUCCACCGUGAACCCAGAACAGUAUUCCAAGCGCUUUUUGGACUUUAUUGGCCACAUCUUGACGUAA